AUGGAAUAUUUUUCAAGAGUGUUAUUACCAAAGAAAAGGAAAAGCGAAGAUAAUAAUAAUAAUAAUAUUAAUAAUAAUAAUUUACAAUUAAGUUUACCAAAUAAUUAUAAAAACUUUUAUGCAAAGAAAUAUAAUAAUGAAAAGUAUGAUAAUGAUGAUAAAUAUUAUGCUUCAGAUAUAGAUUUUGAUAAGAUUUCACCAAAGAAACAACUGACUAUCGAUUCGUUAAUGGGAGUCAAGAGUGUAGGAGAAACUGAAUUUGAUGUGCCAAAUCCACUUCCACCACUUCAUCCAAUCCCUUUGAAAAAUCAAACUGGAAUGCUUUAUUGGUGUAAGCAUUUUCUAAGUCAGAAGAUGUCCAGUAUUCUGGAGAGACAUCUUUUACAGGUGCUGAACUUUGAACAGCACGAGAUGAAGAUGUACGAGAAAAUAGUACCGCUGCCAAGACUUAUGGGUUGGAUGUCAGAUUCAGAUUUAGAGUACGCGCGAAAACAUGAAACAUCACCAUGGACACCACCAAUGAUUAAAUUGAAAACGUCUCUUGAAACAUUGUUGAAUGUUAAAUUCGACUAUGUGUUGGUAAACUAUUAUAGAAAUGGAAAGGAUCACAUCGGACUGCAUAGCGAUAAGGAAGCAAUCAGUGAAACUACAAGGACGAUUGCAUCGGUAUCUCUUGGUGCCACCAGAAGAUUCAUCCUCAAACCCAACGAUGGAGAGGCAGAUAUUGAAUUCUCAUUGAAUGCAGGUUCGUUGUUGGUGAUGGCUGAGGAGACACAACUCUACUGGAAACACUGUGUCCCUAAAGAACUAAAGGUCAUACAACCAAGAAUCAAUCUGACGUUUAGAUGUAUGAAAGAAAAAUCAGAAACAUAUACUACUCUAUCCCCUCAAUCUCAAUCUCAAUCCUCUCCAUUGGAGUUGCCACCUCCAGUCAAAGAUAGUAAUUAUGGCACCAUACCUUUUGAUACAGAUGAAAUUAAAGCAUUGACAUAUACAACUACUACCACAACCACCACAUCAAGCCAACCAAUAUCACCAAAUAAAAUCAGCCUAUUGCCAUUCCAAACCACACCAAAAAUAAAAAAAGACCAACCAAAUCUUAUACUUUCCAAUGAACCAAAACAAAAAUCACCAAUUCUACUUCCAUUAAAGCCAUCAAUAUCCAUUAAAUCACCAACCCCACUUUUAUCAUCCAAUAAUAAUGUAGAUAUAGAUGACUUUACUUUGGAUUUCGACAGCAUUGAAGAAACCAACAAUAAUAAUAACAAUAGUAAUAAUAGUAUAAAUGUAAAUGUAAAUAUUAGUUUAAGUGAUGAUGGAGAAAUAGAUUUUGAUUUGGAUGAUGUAAAUGAAAGUAAUAAAAACAAUAAUAGCAAUAAUAAUAAUAAUAAUAAAAUAGAUAAACCAAUUAUAAAACCAAUAAUGAUUAAACAGAUUAUAAAGAUUAAAACACCAGAAAGAUCUGGAGUAAUAGAUAGUUCAUCAUCGGUUGAUGAAUUUAAUUUUGAAGGUUUGGAUUAA